GAUGCAUAAUAAUAGUAUAUUAUUAUUAAAUUACCGACUCAUUUCAUUUACUCUCUGAAGUCCUCACCACCAACAAUGGCAUCGGAGCAGCAACUCGAGCCAUGGCACGACCUGAGUGGGAGGGUGGUGAUGGUCACCGGAGCCUCAUCGGGGCUCGGCCAUGAGUUCUGCCUCGACCUCGCCAAGGUCGGCUGCCACGUCAUCGCGGCCGCUCGCCGCGUCGACCGCCUGAAGUCCCUCUGCGACCAAAUCAAUAAUGUCGUUCUGCCCACCCAGUCGUCGUCGUCUACUGAUCUCAGAGCGGUGGCGGUGGAGCUCGAUGUCUGCGCCGACGGGCCCACCAUUGAGAAGUCCGUGCAGAAGGCUUGGGAAGCCUUUGGGAGGAUUGAUGCUUUGAUUAACAACGCGGGAUUCAGAGGUAAUGUGAAAUCUCCAUUGGACUUGUCUGAGGAUGAAUGGGACACUGUUUUUAACACAAACUUGAAAGGAACUUGGUUGGUGUCGAAGUACGUCUGCAGACUGAUGCGCGAUGCAGGUCGAGGAGGGUCGGUCAUCAACAUUUCUUCUAUUUCCGGGCUUAACCGUGGUCAGUUGCCUGGGGGACUCGCAUAUUCUGCUUCGAAGGCCGGUGUGAACACGUUGUCAAAGGUUAUGGCUCUUGAAUUGGGGCCUUACAAGAUCAGAGUGAAUUCAAUAUCACCGGGGCUCUUCAAGUCUGAGAUUACUGAAGGCCUCAUCAAGAAAGAUUGGCUAUCCAUUGUAGGUGAGAGAAUUGUGCCUUUAAGGACUUUUGGCACCUCGGAUCCGGCAUUGACGUCGCUUGUUCGAUAUUUGAUACAUGAUUCUUCGGAAUACGUUUCGGGAAAUGUUUAUGUCGUCGACGCUGGUUCUAUCUUGCCGGCGGUCCCUAUUUUUUCUUCUCUUUGAAUUUUGUGGUUUUUUUGGCAUUCCCUGUUUCGCCAGUUAUGAGUGAAAGAACGCAAAGACAGUAGAAAGAUUUGAAUAUUUGAUAAACGGCCUGAAUGUCGUUUCCCA